CAGAUACUAAGACAAACCGAUCCGGACUCAAUGGUAUUUCGGCCACCUCCUCAUUUUCCAUCACAAGUUGCCUUUUAGCUAAGUAAGAAAGAACAAGCCAGCUUCUCGAGUUGCAUGUGGAGUGCCCCGCCGCGGACUACUCCAAAACCAUCAUGAAUUCCCCAGGCGAGCUUGUCCCACAAACAGAAUCUAUCGCGGAUGUCUACUCGACCGACCCAGCUGGUGGAGUUAGCAUAUCUUCCGACCAGAAACUCCGCUGGACCAAUUUCAUUGCCACGUUCAAGAAGCUCUACGGUGCCUCACCGGAUUUCGUCGCGCGGAGCCCUGGCAGAGUCAACAUCAUCGGCGAACAUAUCGACUACUCGCUCUACGAUGUCUUACCAACCGCCGUCAGUGUCGAUGUCCUCAUAGCUGUUAAAGUUCAUCCAGCAGAGAAAACCCAAGAAUCUUGGGCGAAAGUGGCUAAUACCAACGGUGCAAAGUUCGCUAGUGGGCAAUUCACUAUCCCUAAGGAUAAAGAUGUUGAAAUCGACAGCGCGAAACAUGAGUGGAUAAACUAUUUCAAGGCUGGGCUGCGGGUGGCCUUGAAAUUACUACGAGAAAAGAAUCAAGUUGGGGACUUCACACCUGUUAGUUUUGAGGUGCUGGUGGAUGGCAAUGUGCCUCCUGGUGGAGGAAUAUCUAGUAGUGCCGCCUUCGUCUGUUCUAGCGCGCUGGCUGGAGUAAAGGCAAAUGGCUAUGAUAUUUCCAAGCAGGAGCUUCAAGAUAUAGCUAUCGUUUCGGAGCGUGCUGUUGGAGUAUAUUCUGGAGGAAUGGAUCAAGCGGCGUCCAUAUUUUCCCUCCGCGGCUAUCUCCUCUACGUUCGCUUUUUUCCCUCCUUCCAUUUCGAACACAUUCCCGUUCCCAAAGCCCACCCAGAAAUAACCUUCCUCAUGGCCCAAAGCUUCGUCACAUCUAACAAAGCCGAAACAGCACCACGACACUACAACUUGCGCGUCGCUGAAUGUACUCUAGCGACCGUCGUCCUCGCUAAGAUGCACAACCUCUUCCUCCCUAAGGACUGUAGCUCACUAGGCUACAGCCUGCGCAACUUCCACGAGGAACUCAUGCGCAAGGAAGGCCGUCUUCAAGACCCGCUUGAAUACCAACUCGACUCUAUUAUCAUGGUUGCCGCGGAUACGUUGACCAAGGAAGAAGGCUACACGCGUGAGGACGUUGCUGCAUUGUUGGGCAUAUCCAUCUCGGACCUCGAGAAACAAUUCCUCUCUACUUUCCCUGUGCAAGCGGAACGCUUUCUUCUGCGUCAACGUGCGCUACAUUGCUUUAAAGAAGCAAGGCGGGUUCUGGAUUUCAAGUCAUGUCUCUCUCGCUCCCAGAAGCAGGGCCAUCUGGACGAGCAUAAUGUGAAGUACCUUGGCCAAUUGCUGAAUGAGUCGAUGGCAUCGUGCCGAGACCUGUAUGACUGCACUUGCCCCGAGGUAGAUGACAUUUGCGAAAUUGCUCUUCGGGCUGGUGCUCUAGGAAGUCGAGUGACGGGCGCAGGUUGGGGUGGAUGUACGGUGCAUAUGGUCCCGCAGGAAAAGGUUGCUGACGUGACGGAGGCUUUGAAGAAAGAGUACUACUAUAAGAAGUUUCCGGAUAUCAGCCAGGAAAAGUUGGAGGAAGCUAUAGUUAUUAGCAAGCCUUCGAACGGCACGUUUUUGAUCUCCGGCGCCGCUAUCUCGGAGAGUGCCUAGAAGUUUCUGCUUUUGCUGCGUAUACGGGAACAGCUAUCAAGGAGGCUUUGGAUGCCCUGCGCUAUUGACUGGCCUUAUGCGCUCAGUGUUAUACAUGUGUGGACUAAUUUAAACAAUAUUUAAACCGAUGGCUUGCAUAUAUACGUCAAGGGUGACUCCGGAUUGGAGCAAGGCCUUUUAUUCAGCAUUUGGCUGACGGUACGGACAAAUAGGUUGUAACCAUUAUCUAUAUAACUAAUGCAUAUAAUAAUAUUGAACAUAUAAUUGUAUCACAUAUGCUGCUACGGU